AUGGAGCUGGAGCUGUUGUUUCCACUGCUGCUGCUGCUGCUCUGGACUUGGGGGACCCCAGGGUCUGAGCUGGACCCCAAUGGGCAGCAUGUCUGCGUGGUCAGCAGUCCCUCUGCUGAGCUCCAGUGCUGCCCAGGCUGGAGGCAGAAAGAUCAAGAAUGCACCAUCCCCAUCUGCAAGGGCCCAGACGCCUGCCAGGAAGAUGAAGUGUGUGUGAAACCAGGCCUUUGUCGGUGCAAACCUGGAUUCUUCGGGGCCCAGUGUAGCUCCCGCUGCCCAGGCCAGUACUGGGGCCCCGACUGUCGUGAGACCUGCUCCUGUCACCCGCACGGCCAGUGUGAUCCGGCCACGGGCGAGUGUCACUGCCAAGCCGACCGCUGGGGCGACAGCUGCGAGUUCGAGUGCGCCUGUGGCCCCCACGGACGCUGCGACCCAACAGGCGUGUGCCGCUGUGAGCCAGGCUGGUGGGCGCCUAUGUGCCAUCGCAUGUGUCAGUGCAACCAGGUGGCGGCGCGCUGCGACACCACCACGGGCGCCUGCCUGUGCAAACCAGGCUGGUGGGGCCGUCGAUGCAGUUUCCGCUGCGCCUGCCAUGGCUCACCGUGCGCACAAGAGUCGGGCCGUUGCCUCUGUGGGCCCGACAGGUGGGGCUCUGGGUGUAGGCAGCAGUGCUUGUGCGUGCGUGGCAGCUGCAGCGCUGUCUCGGGCCAGUGCACUUGCCCGCCCGGCUUCCGCGGUGAGCGCUGUGAGCUGCCCUGCCCAGCAGGCAACUACGGGGUGCAGUGCCAGGACAGGUGUGGUCACUGCAAGCAGAAUGAGCCAUGUGCUCCCGAUACAGGCAACUGUGAGUCCUGCGAACCAGGUUGGAACGGGACGCAGUGCAACCAGCCCUGCCUGCCAGGCACCUUUGGUGAGAGCUGCAGACAACAAUGUCCCCGCUGCUGGUUUGGAGAGGCUUGUCAGCCAGACACUGGGCACUGUCAGCGCUGUGACCCUGGCUGGCAGGGUCCCAGGUGUGAAGAGUCUUGCCCACUUGGCACCUUUGGGGAGAAAUGCAGCUUCACCUGCCUCACCUGUAUUCAGGGGACCUGUGAUGCUGUGACAGGAGACUGUGUCUGCAAUGCUGGCUACUGGGGUCCCAGCUGUAACACUUCCUGCCCAUUUGGCUUCCAUGGAGACAACUGCUCAGUCCCUUGCCAAUGCCCAGAGGGGCCCUGCCACCCUGUGUCUGGGGUUUGCCAGCUUGGCCUUCACGGUCAGGAUGCUGCCCUCAUUGCGGGCAUACUGGUGCCUCUGCUGCUGCUCUGCCUGGGCAUCGCCUGCUGUGUCUGCUGUUGCUGGGCUGCCCGCUUGGACCCCAAGGACAGGCCUACGAGAGAUGGAGAUACAGUGUCCAGGGUGAAGCUGCAGGUGUGGGGAACACUGACCAGCCUGGGCUCGGUUCUGCCCUGUGGCUCCCUCAGCAGCCACAAGCUACCAUGGGUGACUGUCUCUCACCACGACCCGGAGAUCCCCUUCAAUCACAGCUUCAUCGAACCACCCUCUGCCGGCUGGGCCUCUGAUGACUCCUUCUCUUCUGAUCCUGAGUCUGGAGAGGAAGAGUGUCCUGCAUACUGUGUGCCACCCCAAGAAGGGAUGGCCUCUGUAAUCCAAGCAGAGUCAUCAGAGGCCACCCUGGCCACAGGCUCCUUUCCUCCCCCUGAGGAUGCCUCCACACCGUUUGCCAUCCCUCGUACCUCCAGUCUAGCUCGGGCUAAGAGGCCAUCAGUCUCUUUUGCUGAAGGCACCAAGUUUGCACCACAGAGUCGCCAGAGCUCAGGAGAGCUCUCCAGUCCACUGCGAAAGCCCAAGAGGCUCUCUCGAGCAGCCCAGUCAGGUGCUGAAGGUCAGGAGGCUGAAGAGACCACAGGCCCAGAGCCAGAAGAAACAUAUGAGGUUUCUGGUAUUACCAGCUCCAGGGACUCAGCCAUUGGCCACUUGCAGCUCCCGCUUGGAGGCCGAACAGUGGCUGAGCGUGUGGAAGCCAUCGAGAGUGGUGUGUCCGAGACCUCAGACCCUGUGACCACCAUUUACAUGCUGGCAGGGACGCCCCAGGGAUCUGAGGGGCCUGUUCGGUCUGUCCUGCGCCAUUUUGGUAGUUUCCAGAAAGGCCAGGCAGAGCCCAAGGUCAAGAGUGCCAUCCUUAAGCCUCCACGCAGGGCCCUAAGUCGGAACAAGGGCAGUCCUGGGUUGACCUCUGGUUCUGUUAACCAGAGUCCUGGCUCAACCCUGUAUGAGGAGUCUGUGAGAGCUGGGCCAGAGGAAGUAGCCAGGGGGCCGGGGGUUAGUGCUGAGACCCCAGGAAGGGCCCAGGAGUUGGCCCCUGGGGGUGGCGUCCCAGAACAGGAUCCCCAGAAGCUGACUGGAGAGGAAUGGCAAGAAGAACCCCAGUAUGAGAAUGUGGCACCCAUCUCUGGGCCAUCAGAGCCCUGA